GUUCAGUCUCCGGUCCAAUUCGAAAUUCAUUCCCAAAACUCAUUUCUUCUUUCUUCCUAGAAAACCCUCCCCUGGACACUCCCUCUCUCGCCUUGCCCUCCCUGAAACUGAACUUCUUCCUCUCUCAAUUGGGAGUAGCAGGACUCUUUCUUCCAACCCCACUCUCUUCUUCCUUCAAUUUUCAUCAUUUUGUUUCAUCCUCUCCCAUAUUCUCAUAAUCAUGAUCACCAGGUCGUGGGCUAGAGCUGUUGGAGCUACAAAGAAGAUAAACGAAGCCAAAGAAGCAGUACCACCACCAGGAAGCUACCAAAGUGCGGGCUUGGUGAUUGGCGUGACUGGAAUUGUGGGCAACAACCUCGCCGAAAUCCUCCCUCUCCCUGACACUCUGGGAGGCACGUGGAAGGUCUAUGGCGUGGCGCGUCGUCCUUAUCCCAAGUGGAAUGCGAAGCAUCCAGUGCAACAUCUCGAACUCAGAGGAAUGAAACCUAUCAAAUAUAUUGUGAUUUUUGGACAACAGUAGGAAAAAAAAAAAAACAAAAGUAAAGAAAAACCUAAAUUUUAUCUACUAUUAUUUUCGAUGCUUUAUUUUCUUUGCAAUAGUUGACACAAGGGUAAA